AUGCACAGGGAUCUCACUCCCCGAAACAUUGGAAUAAAUCAAAAGGAGUUCGAGAUCAAACUUCUCGAUUUUGGACUUGCCAGGGAAACACGCCGUCAACUCGAUAAGACAGGAACCGAUAUUCGAGCCGUAGCUCUUGUGAUACUUGAGUUGUUGGGAGUGCAACAGUUGCUGACCACGGGAUCUGAUCAGAUUCCAAGCCAUGCUGUGACAAAGCUGAUCGCCUCUUUAUCCAAAGUCGCCAAAGAUAAAGAAGCUUCAAUUUUGAGGCAAUUAACCAACGAGAAUUUGAAUGAAUUUGAAGUAACCUGGCGAAUAAAAGUCGAAUCUCGUUUGGAUCCGGAUACCGGUAUACUAAAAAGAGAUGAUUUCAAAGAUCUGCUUAAAAAGAUGCAACACUUUAAUUCAAAGCGAGGACCGAGUGCGGUUGAAUGCCUCAAUCACGGCUUUUUAAAGGCCUUAAAUCUAAAAUAUGAACCAAAGAAGAAUGAGUAUCAAGAAACGCCAAAAUCAACUCGAUCG